AUGAUCGAAAUCGGUCGGUUUACAAUGAGAUACAUUUUGAAAUUAUUAAUUUUAAUACUUUUCACUGUAUCCUCUUCCUACUCAUAUGAUGACGAUUACUCCUGUCAGAAUACCAUUUGCAGUCCCCGUGCCGGUGAUCUUUUGAUCGGUAGAGACAACGCACUUGUAGCUUCAUCUACCUGCGGUUUGGAAAAUGUUGAUACUUAUUGCGUUGUCACUGCAAGCGGUAAAAGUCACUGCAGUGAAUGCUACUCUAAACAGGCAUAUAAUUCUAUUACUAAUCCAAACAGUCAUCGAAUUGAAAAUGUCAUUUCUCGUGUCCCUAGUGAUCCCGGUAGAUGGUGGCAAUCUGAGAAUGCUCUUCGUAAUGUUACCUUGACUCUCAAUCUUGAAACCCAAUUUCAGUUUAUUUCUACGAUUCUGCGUUUUAAGACUUUCCGUCCUGCUGCUAUGUACUUGGAACGAUCUGUUGACUUUGCCCAGACCUGGCAACCCUACGCCUACUUUUCCAACAAUUGUCCUCGUGAUUUCCCGGCUAUUCCUGAAAGGCCUAGACGGGCUUUAAGUGAUGUUACUUGUACUAGCAUCUAUAGUCAAUUGACGCCUUCCGAAGGUGGAGUUGUUGCUUUCAUGGCAGCUCCUAGUGAAAUGCACGCAAAUCUUCCACCAUACAGUGAAGAAAGACAAAAUUUGACGGCUAUUACAAAUCUUCGAGUCACUUUCACACGUCUUAAUACUUUAGGUGACAUGAACUUGGACAAUUCAUCGGCCAUCCGCCGGAAGUACUACUACGCCAUGUACGAAUGGAAUGUCUGGGGUCGAUGCUCGUGCUUUGGUCAUGCUACUCGCUGCAAACCCAAAUCGGCCAGCGAAAUUCCUAAUUUGGAAAAGGUUUACGGCGUGUGUGAAUGUACACACAACACAGCUGGGGACAAUUGUGAGAGAUGUGCUAGCUUCUAUCAGAAUAAACCAUGGCGACCUGCAUCCAGACACUCAGCCAAUGCUUGCGAACGAUGUGAAUGUCAUGAUCACUCAGAUCAGUGCUACUUUAAUCCUAUUCUCUAUCUACAAUCUGGUAAUGUAUCUGGCGGCCACUGUUACCAGUGCCAUCAUAAUACUGAAGGACCUCAAUGCGAGUUCUGCAGUGUUGGCUAUUAUCGUCACCCUGACUAUCCAAUUAACCAUCCACAAACUUGUCAACCUUGCAAUUGUCAUGCCGGUGGCUCGGAGACUCAUGAGAGCUGUGAUCAAUAUACGAAUCCUGUUGAGGGCAAAAUUGCUGGUCGCUGUGUGUGUAAGAAAAAUGUUGGUGGAGAUAAAUGUGAUCGCUGUAAGGUUGGCUACUGGAACUUCCGUGCAGAAAAUCCUGAUGGAUGUGAAGAAUGCAAAUGCCACAUGUUGGGAACCCUGGAGAAUAUGGGAUGCGAUCAAAUCACUGGCGCUUGCACCUGUAAACGCUUCGUUGAAGGUGAAAAUUGUGAUCGUUGCAUGCCUGGCUACUUCAAUCUGACGUCAUCCUCAAUGGGCUGUCAACCAUGUGCCUGCAAUCCAGUUGGCUCCCUGGGACCUGAAUGUGAUAUCGAAAGAGGUAUUUGCAAAUGCAAGGCCAAUUUCAGCGGUCGAGAUUGUAGUCAGGUUGAUGAUGGCUAUUACAUUCGCCGUCCACAAAUUGUCGUUAAUCAACCUGGUACAACAAUUGAUAUUCCAAUUGAGGUACCUAAAAAUACUGGGAACUAUAUAGUAGUCAUUGCAACUGAUCCAAAACACUUUAGUAGAUUUGACAGAUGGUCAAUUACAGUAGAUAUUCGACAAGAUGAUUCCAGCUGCAGAAAUUCUCCAACUCAUCUGGAAAUUACCGCAGAAACAAGGAAAAUCGUUAUUCCCAAUGUUUGUUUGACUGGUGAUCGAAAGACGUUCAUCGCUAUUAUGCCAACUUCCAGAUAUGGUUCACCAUACAGUGAAAUCACAAUUGGAAAUAUAAUCGUGAAACAAGAUGACGGUGAGGCGAGUGCAAUUGCGGAGUAUUGCGAAUCCUAUAGGGAAAUAUACGAGAGAAUUCUCGAUGGGGAAAUUGAACCCAACAGACUACCCCAACGUUGUCAAACCUACUUCAACAUACAGGAGUCUCAGUGGAAAGAUGAUUCCGCUAUUUCCGUUCCUUGUGAGUGCAAUGUGACUGGUUCAGUGACCCCUAUUUGUGACAAGCUCAAUGGACAGUGUCCUUGUCGACCAGGUGUCGUUGGUAGAAAGUGUGACCAAUGUGAAGCCUAUCAUUAUCACUUUAGCUCCUCUGGGUGCACAGCUUGUAACUGCCACCCGAAGGGUUCAACAGGACUUCAAUGUGACCCACUCACAAGUCAAUGCCCCUGCAGACAAGGAAUUGAAGGCAGAAAGUGCGAUAUUUGUGGAAGCGGGUACUGGAACUUCCCUUAUUGCCAGAGAUGUGAAUGUAACGGUAAAGCGGACGAGUGUGAUCAAGUCACCGGAGCUUGUAUCGACUGCCGGGAUAAUACUGGUGGAGCCAGGUGUGAAAACUGUGCACAGGGCUUCUAUGGUGAUCCAUUCAGAGGAGUUCCUUGCCGACCUUGUGAAUGCCCUGGUGGCGGCGUGGAUCAUUCUGAGGGUUGUACUGUACACCCGGUAGCUGGCAUGCAAUGCCAUUGCCAAAUGGGUUAUACCGGACCAAGAUGCUCUGAAUGCGCACCAAAUUACUACGGUAAUCCAACGGAAUAUGGGGGUUCGUGUCAACCUUGUGAUUGUUCUGGUAAUCUGCCUCCAGAAGGUGGUUGUGAUCAAGUCACUGGUGCUUGUCAGGUUUGCUUGUACAACACGGAAGGUGAAAAAUGUGAUAGGUGUAUUGCCGGUUUCUGGGGUAAUGCAAGUCAACAGACUUGUCAGCCAUGUAGCUGCUACCAGCUGGGCACAGCUGGUGGAGGCAGUGCAGUGUGUGAUCGGGAGACUGGAGCUUGUAACUGUCUGCCUAACGUUCUGGGUCCAAGGUGCUUUGAAUGUGCUCCGCAACACUUUAAUCUCACUUCUGGUAAGGGUUGUGAGUCUUGCAAUUGCGAUCCCACCGGCUCGAUUCAUCUUAACUGCCAUCCAUUAACUGGUCAGUGUACUUGCCGACCAGAUCGCAGUGGAAGAAAAUGCGAUCAGUGCCAGAGAACGUUCUAUGGUGAUCCACGCACUCCAGAUGGCUGCAAGCGUUGUGACUGUGACCGGGCAGGUUCUUUGAGUGACACUUGCGAUCCCAUUACCGGACAAUGUGUCUGUCGUCCAGGCAUAGCCGGUAGACGAUGCGACCGUUGUGAUCGUGGAACAAAGGGCACUCUCCCUCACUGUGAACCUUGUGGGGAAUGUUGGACAAAUUGGGAUAAGGCUAUCACGGCUGUUGUAGAUGAAAUGGGUCGCCUUAAAAAUCAGACGUCUAGUCAACUACCAGCUGACCUCAAACCAGUGUUUGAUAUACUCCAAGGCCUAGUUGAACAACUUGAGCUAAUUCCAGCCUCAAACCUGACUGACUACCAACUGAAGAAGUUCGAGGAGGUUCUCUUGUUUAUUGAGGAGCAAGUUAGUGGACUUGAGUCCCCAGAUGGAAAUACUGGUAAACUUCCGGAAGUCGAGGAAGCUCUGAACAAACUUCAAGAGCAACAAAAUAAGUUAAAUCAGACAGUUGGAGACAACGAGAAAUACCUCAAACAGAUCUCGGAUGAGUUGGAGAAGAUGGUGGAAAGCAGCAGGAAUAUUUCUAUCCAAGAUCCUUUCGGUGCUUACGAUGCUCUAUUGAUGGCCCAAAGAGAUGCUCAGAAGAUAGAAGCUCUUCAAAAGAGCUUGGAGAGCCGUAAGGCGACUCUGGAAGCACUACUACAAUCGACGUCAACAUCUGUUGCCAGUAGGAGUGAGGCAGAUGAAGAAUUCAAACGUCUAAUUAAAUUCCUGAGCGAACGUAUUAAAGACCUUCAAGAUGAAAUUCGACAGCUCAAUAGAAUGAUCUGCGGAGAUAAUCAACGCGUGCCGGAAUCCGGAGCCGACCUACGAACUUGUCCUUCAACGUGUGGUGGAGCAAGUUGCGAUCCCAUCACAGCAGAGAUAUUUGACCUCGAUGAGCAACGUGGAACCAGCACACCCAAUGACUUACCCAAUUUCUUCGGUCUGAUUUCCAGUUGUGCUGGCACUAUUGGAUGCUCAAUGAGCUCAGAAGGUCGUCUUAAGGAAUUGCUUGCUGAGCAUUUGACGGCACAAAAUGCCCUCGCAAAUGUACUUCAGAAUGCGGCUCAGGUUGAAAAUCUGAUCGACUCAGCAAGUCCUAAUUUUUGCGUGAAUGCUACGCGAACGGAAGCUGACGAAAUAAUGACUUCCCUCUUCAAAGAACUUGAAACUCUAAGGGGAAGAGUCUUCCGAGUGCAAAAUAUUACAAAUGCCAUUAUCGAGGAAGGUCAAGAAGCAGUGAAGAAAUACGAAAAUAUAACUGCGGAUUACUACAACGAAUUGGUGUCAAAGAUUCGUGGUUUAAAUCACGCGGUUAAUAUCGACGGUGCUCUUAGAUUGGGAAACACGUUGGAAAAACUGUCAGCUCAGUUGAGAGAUAAAGUUGAGCACUUCAAUACUGAAACAUCUGGACAAAAGCGAGAAGCGGAUUUGCUCCUUGAGAGAGCCAAGAAUAUAAGGGAGAAAGCGGAGGGCUUCUUGGAACAGAUGAACAAGUUAUCAAAUGUGAGUAAAAUCUAUGAUGAGAUGGAGAAGAGUGAGACUUUCAACUCUCUGGAGGAUUCUGCUCAUCGGGGGAAUUCCGAGACUGUGAAGGAGUCCCUGGAUCGUUUGGAGAUGAAUAGGCCUGGACUCUCACAAGAGGCCAGUGCUCAGGCUGACCAGGCCACCCAGAAUGCUCAGGAUGCUCAACGACUUCGAGAAGAAACUGAAAUUGCUCGUCACACGAGUCAGAGUUCUCUGCAAAAUCUGCAGAUGCUUAAUACUUCUUUUGGCCUACUUGAUGAAAAACUGGAAGGCCUGAAAGAAGCGAUGGAGAAGAUGGUGGACAAGAAUGGUGGUAACAAUGGGGACUCUUCAGGCAUUCAGGAUCCUAGUGAAUUGGCAAAGCAGGUGAAUGCCUACAUUGAGAAGUUGGAAAACGCCUUGGCGGAGAUUGAAGAGAUGAAACAGCCACUUGAUUAUGUGGAGAAGGGCGCUGAUGAAUUGGUGGAAAAGAUGGAGAAGGUGGUGAUGGACUUUAAGAAACUUGGUCUACAGAUCUCGCCACAUACGAAGCAUCAGCUCUUCUGCAGUUAA